AAAUUCAAGGCCGAGACCAGACCCUUUCUCAUUUCUUCUCUCUCUUUUCUCUGAUCUACGUCCCUGGUAAGGGUUAACCCGGCCUUUUGUUCUUCUGGGUUUUAGUUCAUAUUGAUACAGUCCUUGAUUUUCUGUAUCAAAUAUUUUCAUUGAUAUAUAAAAGGUUCAUAAAUUUACAGACUGUCUUGUAAAUUUCCUUGGUUCUUCUUAACAUUUAAUUCAACUCGAGUAUUUCGCAAUUUUGAUAUCGAGGUUUCAAGAAACAUCUGAUCUUUAAUUUACAAGAUGAAGGGUGGUAGUGGUGGUUCUACUCAGAAUCUGAGCACUGUAAAAUUUUUUCCAAAGCUCAUCAAUGUCCAACUCCAUCACCUCAUCAGUGUCCUCUCUUAUUUCCUCUUAUUUGGUGUUGGAAUAACCCUCGGGAUGAUCCUUACCUUCUAUCUCAAAGACUUUUCUUUCAGUCUCCAACUGGCCCAAUUCUCCUUCUCAACCUCAUCAUCUUCAUCUAAUCGAAACACGAUACUGCCAAGUGUGACAGCUGCGCAAACCAAUUUGAGUCACCCCCAGCACAUCGGAUUGGAGAAAUUUCUGAAACCCCCUAAGAUUUUGCACGACAUGAAUGAUGAAGAAUUGCUAUGGAGAGCUUCUAUGGCUCCACGGAGAUCCGGAUAUCCAUUCCAUCGAGUUCCGAAAGUUGCCUUCUUGUUCUUGACAAAGGGACCAGUUUUUCUGGCCCCGUUGUGGGAGAAGUUCUUCGAAGGGCAUCAAGGUUUGUACUCGAUAUAUGUGCACUCGAAUCCGUCUUACAAUGGAUCGUACCCCGAAAGUCCGGUGUUUCAAGGCAGAAGAAUUCCUAGUCAGGAAGUGGAAUGGGGAAAUGUGAAUAUGAUUGAGGCUGAGCGCCGCCUAUUGGCAAAUGCCCUUCUUGAUAUCUCAAACGAUCGCUUUGUUCUUCUCUCGGAGUCAUGCAUCCCCCUCCACAACUUCAGCACCAUCUACCACUUCCUUGUAAAUUCAAAGCAGACAUUUGUUCAGGUCUAUGACGAUCCAAGUAGUGUUGGGCGCGGGAGAUACAGUUCACACAUGUACCCGCAAAUCUCAUUGUCACAAUGGAGGAAAGGGUCUCAGUGGUUCCAGAUAGAUAGAGACAUUGCCACUGAAGUUGUCGCAGACAAAAAGUACUUCCCACUUUUCCAGAAGUACUGCAGGGGCUCAUGCUACGCAGACGAGCAUUACUUCCCAACAUUUGUUCAUAUGAAAUUUUCUGCAAAGAAUUCAAAUAAAACCUUGACUUGGUAUGACUUUUCGAGGGGUGGACCGCACCCUGCCCAGUUCACCAGAACAGACGUGACGGUUAAUCUGCUGAACAGCUUCAGGAAUGGUACCAAAUGUUUUGAUUAUCUAAUGACAGGCAAAGUUUGUCCUCUCUUGUUUGCUAGGAAGUUCACUCCUGGCACUUUGGAGAGACUGCUGCGGUUUGCACCAAAAUUGAUGCAGUUCAACAGAUAGAUCUAUGGUGCUGAGUCAUCGGAUUAAUCAUCACUAAUUUAUUCAUUCUUGGAUUGAUUAAGUGUAGAGUACAAAUUGAAAAUGAUAUUUCCGAUUAUUAUAAGGUUUUUUGUUUUAA